AGAGCCAGCUGCUGGUCACAUUCCUGGCCAGUAGCCACAGGAAGGGAAUGCGGUGGCACCGGCUCCUCACCCUGGCCGCACCCAGCCCCACAAGAACUGGGCGGGCUGGGGCGGCAGGGCGGGCACCACUAGGGGAAAUGCUCCCUGCAGGGGGCAGAUUCCAGAACCUGGGAGCUGCUGGGGCCAGCAGCACCAGGAGGAGCAACCCCAGUACACCUGCUGCAGUAACAUCCCGGCUGCACCCAAGCCUGGAUCAGAGACGUCAACAGGGGCCAGGCCGGACUGUGUCUGCUGGCUGGCACCACCUUGGCCUGAGGGACCUCACUCGCUGUACCUCUGCCCUUACUGGCCAGGGGAAUCAAACCUUGGCAUGGCAGCACCAGGGGAAGUAGGGCAGGGGAGGCCCCGGGGCGCUGAGCUGGCAGAGGGGGGCCCCUGGGGUGCUGAGGAGGAGGAGGAUGAAGACGAGGCCUCCAUGGACUGCGUGAUCUGCUUCUCGCCCUACGACCGGUUGUUCAAGGUGCCCAAGGUGCUGGGCUGCGGGCACACCUUCUGCCUCGAGUGCCUGGCGCGUAUCAACGUCUCCUCGGAGCAGGUCAACGCCAUCAGCUGCCCCGUGUGCCGGGAGCUGACCUGCCUCCCCACCCGCAAGGGCCUGCCUGGCCUGCCCACCUGCCGGGACCUGCUGGACCGGCUGCCCCUGGCGCCCGCCGCCCCCUGCAGCUCCGUGCGCUUCAGCCGGCGCCGCGGGCUGCUGUAUGUGCCGGGCUGGGGGAACCGGAAGGGCCGGGGGCUGGCGCUACCCAAGCCGGGCCCUGCCCUCAGCACGGUCAGCCUGAGUGUGGACGUGGGGCGGCCGGCACCGCGGGGCGUGGGCGUGGGCCUGGGGCUGCGGGGGAUGGGCUGCUCCAGCUGGCCCUUUGCUGUGGCUGUGGCUGUGGCUGUAACUGUCACUGUGGGGCUGGUGAUUUCCGCUGUCUACAUCUUCUUCCUGCUGCCGACGACCCACGGGCUGGGGCCAGGUGUGGGGCUGGGCAACACUACCUGGCAGGUGCCUUGGCCCAAUGGCACCGCUGUGCCGCCACCUCUGCCCAGUGACAGAGGGCUGCCUGCACAGAUCCCCAGGGACAGGGCUGCGGGGCUGGCUGGAGAGAUGGAGCCUCCAUUGCAUGGUAUCAGAAGGAAGAGAUGGAGGGGCCUGGGCCCCCCAACACUGAACCCACCCAGGAACUGA